ACAGAGGAGACACUCCCCUAACAGACACAGAGGAGGUCACUCCCCUAACAGACACAGAGGAGGUCACUCCCCUAACAGACACAGAGGAGGUCACUCCCCUAACAGACACAGAGGCGGUCACCUCCCUAACAGACACAGAGGAGGUCACUCCCCUAACAGACACAGAGGAGACACUCCCCUAACAGACACAGAGGAGACACUCCCCUAACAGACACAGAGGAGGUCACUCCCCUAACAGACACAGAGGAGGUCACUCCCCUAACAGACACAGAGGAGGUCACUCCCCUAACAGACACAGAGGCGGUCACUCCCCUAACAGACACAGAGGAGGUCACUCCCCUAACAGACACAGAGGAGGUCACUCCCCUAACAGACACAGAGGAGGUCACUCCCCUAACAGACACAGAGGAGGUCACUCCCCUAACAGACACAGAGGAGGUCACUCCCCCUAACAGACACAGAGGAGAUCACUCCCCUAACAGACACAGAGGAGAUCACUCCCCUACCAGACACAGAGGUCACUCCCCUAACAGACACAUAACAGAGGUCACUCCCCUAACAGACACAGAGGAGGUCACUCCACUAACAGACACAGAGGAGGUCACUCCCCUAACAGACACAGAGGUCACUCCCCUAACAGACACAUAACAGAGGUCACUCCCCUAACAGACACAGAGGAGGUCACUCCCCUAACAGACACAGAGGAGGUCACUCCCCUAACAGACACAUAACUAGCUACCCACUCCUAAGCAAACCCUCUCUGUCCUCCUGUCCUCCAUUCCCAGGCACAGUCCAGCACUGUGACAUCUUUGCAUCCCAAAAUCCCUACCCCAUUUAUAGUGCACUACUUCUAAACAGGGUCCAUAAAGCUCUGAAGGGAACAGGGAUUCACCCUUCCACCAUACACAUGGACACACACACAGACACAUGGACACACACACAGACACAUGGACACACACACAGACACACGGACACACACACAGACACAUGGACACACACACAGACACACGGACACACACACAGACACACGGACACACACACAGACACACGGACACACACACAGACACACGGACACACACACAGACACACGGACACACACACAGACACACGGACACACACACAGACACACGGACACACACAUGGACACACACACAGACACACGCACAGACACACGGACACACACACAGACACACGGACACACACACAGACACACGGACACACACACAGACACACGGACACACACACAGACACACAGACACACACACAGACACACGGACACACACAGACACAUGGACACACACACAGACACACGGACACACACAUGGACACACUCACAGACACACGCACAGACACACGGACACACACACAGACACACGGACACACACACAGACACACGGACACACACACAGCCACACGGACACACACACAGACACACAGACACACACACAGACACACGGACACACACAGACACACGGACACACACACAGACACACGGACACACACACAGACACACGGACACACACACAGACACACGGACACACACACAGACACACGGACACACACACAGACACACGGACACACACAGACACAUGGACACACACACAGACACACGGACACACACACAGACACACGGACACACACACAGACACAUGGACACACACACAGACACAUGGACACACACACAGACACACGGACACACACACAGACACACGGACACACACACAGACACACGGACACACACACAGACACACGGACACACACACGGACACACGGACACCCACACGGACACACACACAGACACACGGACACACACACAGACACAUGGACACACACACAGACACAUGGACACACACACAGACACACGGACACACACACAGACACACGGACACACACAGACACACGGACACACACACAGACACAUGGACACACACACAGACACAUGGACACACACACAGACACACGGACACACACACAGACACACGGACACACACACAGACACACAGACACACACAGACACACGGACACACACAGACACACGGACACACACAGACACACGGACACACACACAGACACACGGACACACACACAGACACACGGACACACACAUGGACACACACACAGACACACGCACAGACACACGGACACACACACAGACACACGGACACACACACAGACACACGGACACACACACAGACACACGGACACACACACAGACACACAGACACACACACAGACACACGGACACACACAGACACAUGGACACACACACAGACACACGGACACACACAUGGACACACUCACAGACACACGCACAGACACACGGACACACACACAGACACACGGACACACACACAGACACACGGACACACACACAGACACACGGACACACACACAGACACACAGACACACACACAGACACACGGACACACACAGACACAUGGACACACACACAGACACACGGACACACACACAGACACUUAAGAUAUGAUCCUUCUCUGGAAAACACACUCAAGAACACACACAAACACAUUCAUGCUCACACACUGAAGCGCAUGUAAGGUUACAUUCACUCACUAUGCAUAAUGCUCUCUCUGUAUUCACACACACACACACACACACACACACACACACACACACACACACACACACACACACACACACACACACACACACACACACACACACACACACACACACACACACACAAAG